CACCUGUGGCUCACUUUGCUCAGACCUGACGGACAGGACGGACCGAAAAUUUGACAGUCUGAAAAUUUGACAGUCUCACUUCGUCUUUAGCCUACUACUACCAAGAACCUAACAGCACCAGGGUGCAUCAGUCAAUCCCCAUGUCUACUGACCAGGAGAGCUGCCAUCUGUGUAAGGAAGACCUGAGGGACCCAGUCUCCAUCCCGUGCGGCCACAUCUUCUGCUCCAUCUGCCUGAAGACCUACUGGGACCACGCUGACCACACCGGUUCCUACAACUGCCCACAUUGUCGGGUCACCUACAACAAGAGACCCACCCCGCGCCGCCUCCAGACCUCCCGCUCCUCCACACACUCAACCCACUCGCAUCCCAGGAUGUCUGAGACCUACCCUCCUCCACCUCCAGACCCAGACUACAACUACGCCGGACCACAAGAUGUGGGAUGUGAUAUCUGUAUUGGGAAGAAGCACAAAGCCAUCAAGACAUGCCUGAUGUGCCUGGCGUCCUACUGUGAGAGGCAUCUAAAGCCCCACUAUGAGAACCCUGCCUUCAAGAGGCACAAGCUAGUGGAUGAGAUCGGCCAUCUGGACAGACAGAUUUGCCCACAGCAUCAGAAGGGUCUGGAGCUCUUCUGCAAGACGGACCAGAUGUGUAUCUGUGUUCUGUGCACUGUGAAGGAGCACAAAGGUCACGACAUGGUAUCUGCCGAACAGGAGAGGUCAGAAGAACAGCAACGUCUGGGUGCCACCCAGGCAGAGAUCCAGGAGAGGAUCCAUGAGAGGCUUAAGCAGAUGGAGGAGCUGAAACAAGCUGUGGAUUCACUCAAGAGCUCAGCCCAGAGGGCUAUGCAGGAGUGUGAGAAGUUGUUUGGCGACAUGAUGCGUUCCAUCGAGAGGAUGCAACAGGAAAUGACCAAGUUAAUUUCCUCCAAUAAGAGGGCAGCACUGAACAAUGCUGAGGGUCACCUCGAGCGUCUGACCCACGAGAUCGCUGACCUCAAGAAGCGAGACAACGAGAUCACACAGCUGUCACGCACAGAGGACCACAUACACUUUAUCCAGAGCUACCACAUGCUAAUCGCUCAGACAGAGGCUGAGGAGCUGCCCACAGUCUCAGUGAACCCCUACUUCUCCUUCGGACCCGUCACUAAGGCUGUCUCUGAGAUGAAGGUCCAUCUCCAUGACAUCAGCAAUGAGGAGCUGGUCAAAGUGGCCAAGACUGUGAACAAAAUGCCUUUCUGCCAACUGGAUGAAGCCAAAAGGAGAAAUACUGUGAAAGCUGAUGCAGUUGUUGCCGUGUACAAGACACCAAGCCAGGAGCCCCAGCACAGAGAAGACUUCCUGAAAUAUGCCUGCGCUCUCACCCUGGACCCCAACACAGCCUACCGCCAGUUAUACCUGUCUAGAGGCAACAGGAAGGCAGCCCUGAAGAGAGAACCGCAGGACUACGCUGACAGUGCCUCCAGGUUUGACUGCCUGCCCCAGGUUCUCUGCAAAGAGCCCCUGUCUGGAGGUGCCUACUACUGGGAGGUGGAGUGGAGUGGAGAGGGGGCCUCCGUGGGCAUCACCUACAAGGGCAUCAAGAGAGUAGGCUACGGGGACAGCUGCCGCAUCGGCUACAACCGCAAGUCCUGGAGCCUUUUCUGCUCCGAUUCCAGCUAUUCCGCCCGAUAUGGUAAAGACCAGGUGGAAAUCAAUGCACCCUACUCCUCCAGGAUAGGUGUCUUCCUGGACCACUCAGCAGGCACCCUGUCAUUCUACACUGUGGGGGACACCAUGUCUCUCAUACACCGCUUCAAGGCCUCCUUUGCUGAGCCUGUCUACCCAGGCUUUUGGGUCUGGUAUGAGUCAGCGGUCACCAUCCGUCAGCUGUCAUAAUAUUAUAUUACCUAUGAUUAAAUUACGAUUGUCCAUGUAUCGGUCAUCAUACGUAUUGUGAUUCAAGUAAUAUAAUUGCAUUUGUAAUUUGACUUGUUUAGUAUCCCCUUUUCUCAAAUUGUAGUGGUGUCCUUGGCCAUGUUUUACUUUGUUCUAUUGAGGUUUGAAUUCAUGUUUUAUACUGUAUAUAAAUCAUCAGCUAGAAAGAGAUAUCUCCGACCAAUUGGGUUUGGUGAGUAAAGGAAUAAACAUGUUAUCUAUAAUGUUUUCAUAAUCAUGAAGGAUCUACUUUAGAAUAGACUGAAGUGUCAACUAAUAUAUUUGAUAAACGAAUAUACUCUAUGGAUCAGAUGAAUAAAAUACACCUGAAGUUGUAUAUACAUGUAUCACACAGAGAAACUGGAAUGUGUAAUACACGUUUAUUUUAUAUUAAUAUAGUAUUUCUGUCGCGUGUGCAUUCAACCCAAUAAUUGAUUUGGAAUAAUUGUAAUAGGAACUGUAAAGCUAGGAUGACCCUUACUGCCAUAAUGGAAGACCUGGAAGAAAGGUCUUUAUAUAAAAUGUUUUCCAUAAGGGCCGGCCACUGUUGAAAUAGCCGACUCACUGUAAACCGGCUACUUUUUCCGCUUCAUAUAAAUGUUCAUUUAAGUUUCAAUUCGAUAGUCAGUAUAGCAUUCUUCCGCUAAAAGGAACGAUAUGCAUCUUCUAGUGAUAGGACAGACGCCUGUCCGUCACAAAGCGAGAAAUAAAAAUAGGUAUAUUAAUUGCCUUUGUUUUUAUUGAUCUAAUAUAUUACAUAGUUUUUUUUCUCACUUUCUAGCAUUCAAAAUAAUAGAUACUGGCUGCAGUCCAAACAUGUCAUUUUUACCCCCUCAGCCCUUGCGCUAGCCACUUUCCCUCUCGGGAAUCCCAGUCGAAACCAGAUGCAGUUUGAUUGCCAUCUUAAGUAGAAAUCCAAUUCACUUACGUUUCCACCUCGGCCCUCAAUUUAUCUUGAGGGAGCGGGUGUACAACUUGCAGGGUUGAUAUGACACACAAUUCAAUGAAAACUGUAGUCACAUGUCAAACUUGUGGCCGUGAAGUGUCAAAUUUAAUCAACAAGGCUGUAGUUUCGGCAUGUCAGGAAAAAAUAUGAAGCUAGCUUGCUAGAAAAUUUAUAUACACAUUGAUUUUAGCAUUGGCAAAUUGGCUUACUCUUGUAGUGAGGAGCCUAUAAAACGUAGCUAGAUUUCUAAACAUAUUUUUUGGAAUUUUGAAAUUUAUUAGAAUAAAUGACUAUAAAACUAGCUAGCCAGCUAUAGGAAACUGUAGCUAGCUACCUGACAGGAGUGCUAGCUAGAUAUGUUAUACAUAUUUUUCUUAGCUCAACUUCAAUAUUUCCACCAAGGACAUUGCCUCUCCAAUCAUCACUCUCCCUCGCUUGGGCAAGGGACAUUUAACGUACACUCGGAUGUAACGAUGUAAAACUGGGGGUUUAGGGCCGAGGGCUGUCUAUUUUGAGUUUGAAACGCAGCCACUGUAUAUAUGCCUAAAUCCCCAAAACAUGUCACUACAACUCAAUUACAACACUACUGGGACAAGUCAAUUUGCUUAGUCAUUAGUACAUUAAACAAUGCUUAAACAAAGUUUUACAGUAUAAACCCAUGGGGGGAAAAAAUAUAUUUAAAUAUACUUAAAUCAUACUUCAUUAACGUAUUUUAAUUAUAUUUCAAAUUAUCUAAAUUGGAAGAAUUUAAAUACAUUUAAUGUACAUUUUAUUUGUAUUUUAUUAACAUUUUAAUGUAUAUUAAAUACAUUUAAAAUUAUCAGAAUUUGAACUUUUUAUGUACUUUUGUAUAUUCUUGGUAUAUUAGACAAAGAGCAAAACAAAUAUACUUUGAAUACACCUUAAAUACAUUGUAUGUAUAUUUGUCAUAAAUUAGAAAUAUACUAAAAUUGUAUUUAUAGUCUCCUCACUACAAGACUUAGCAAAUACACUUCUACUCAUUAACCACAUUAGCUAUUGGAAUAAUAAUCUUCUCAGCCGAUGUUAACAUUCUAUUUUUAUUCUGUAUAUUUGUAUUAUUCUUUUCACUCAGUCAUUUAAAUUGUUAUUGUGGAGUCACUACAAUGUUGUUGUUCCAACCUUAGUUUUCUCCUAUCACAGCCAUUUAACUCUGUAAUUGUUUUACAAUCACCAAUUGCUUCAUGGUAACAUCCAUAUGCAGUUUCAUUCCUGUCCUGCAGCUCAUUUCAGAAGUAUUUUUGAUAUUUCUGGGUGGUGUAAUACAUAAUCCACAGCAUAAUUAUUCACUUGACCAUGCUUACAGAGAUAUUCAAUGUCUGAUUUGAUAUUGUUACCAUCAAUCACUGCCCUUUUAUGAGGCGUUCAAAAGGCUCUCUGGUCUUUGUCGUUGAAUCUGUGCUUGAAAAUCAAUACUUGAAUGGGCGCCUUACAGAUGUUGUAUGGGGGACAGAGGAAAUGUUAAUCAUAAAAAAAUAAUGUCAACCCCUAUUACUUCACACAUAGUCCAUGUAGCAUAUUAUGUGAUUUGUUAAGCCACAUUUGACUAAUUUAGGCUUGCCGUAACAAAGGGGCUGAAUUCGUAUGCAAUGGUUAUAUUUUAGUUAUCUAAUUUGUAUUAUUAAUUUUUUACUUUGACAUUACAGAGUACUUUGAGUUCAUUGUUGACAACAAAUUACAAUGAAAUUAAUUUUAAUCCCACUUUUUAACACAAUAACAUUUGAAGAAAUACAAAGGGUAUGAAUACCUUUGCAAGGCACUGUAUACUUAUAGUGUACUUGAUCACUCACAAGCAGAGUUUCAUAAAAACAAAACUGUGUCUUUUGAAUGACUAUAAUAAAUUACAAUUAAAACAAUUGAAAUUGAA